AUGCACAGUAUCCUGAUCUUGUCCACCAUCUUGAGUGUGAUUGUCACCAGUCUGGCUUAUAGCACCAAAUUCGGAGAACCCUUUGCCCAUGAUCUUAUUCUGUUUCGUCGAACGGAGAUCCGCCACCCUCUUGAUAACAAAUACUGGAAUGUGAAAGUGGAGUUUCCAUGCGAGGGCUCUAUCAACAACUUCACCAUCUCAGCUAUUAAUGUUUAUGACCACUUUGUGAAUAGUUCUGGAGCUGCACCCAGUUUCUUAAGAGGCGGUGUGGGUGCCAGCGAAGUCACCAUUAACCUUAGUGGCCAAGUAAACCGCGGCAUCAACUCCACCAUAGAGAUAUGGGGAUUUUAG